AUGGGUGGCCAAGUAUCCAAGAUGAUGGGGAAGAUCUUCGGUACAAAGGAGAUGCGAAUCCUCAUGUUGGGUCUCGAUGCUGCCGGAAAGACAACUAUUCUCUACAAAUUGAAACUCAGCAACCAGGAUGUCACCACCAUUCCCACCGUCGGCUUUAACGUCGAGAGCGUGACUUACAAGAACGUGAAAUUCAAUGUCUGGGAUGUCGGUGGCCAGGAUAAGAUUCGUCCUUUGUGGCGACACUACUACUCCGGUACACAAGGAUUGAUCUUCGUGGUGGACUCGAGCGACACGGCUCGUCUGGAGGAGGCUCGCUCGGAGCUGCACAAAAUUAUCAAUGAUCGCGAAAUGAAAGAUGCUCUCCUGCUCGUGUUUGCCAACAAGCAGGAUAUCAAUGGCCACUUGACCCCAGAGGAGAUCACUCACCAGCUCCAAUUGACCAAGCUGAAGGACAAGACAUGGUACGUCGCACCUAGUGUGGCCACUGAUGGUACUGGGAUCUUUGAGGGUCUGGCUUGGCUCUCAAACAAUGUCAAGACCCAAUCUCCUAAAUAA